UCUGGUUUCAUGUUAGACCACCAAAUCUACCUGAGUUCAGGUGUGGCUGUUGUGUAGGCAGACGCUUGACUACUUGUCUUAAGAUUUGUAACAGUUUUUCACUUUCCGGUAAUUUGGAAAGAAAUCAAAGGGGGAAAGACAACUGCUAAACUAGAUAACGUUCAACAAACGGAGUAUCUUCAGAGCACGAUGAUCGUUUUUAUUUUCCUCGGGCUCCUUCUACACAGGGCGGACUCACAGUUCACAGCCUCCACCAGCACCCCACACCUCAAAGUCGGGGAGAACGAGGGUGCUGAUCUGAAGUGCACUUACUCGAGCGACUUCAACCCGAAUCCCAGAAUUGAGUGGAGCUUGAGGAGAACUCGGGGCUCCUCAUUUGUCUUUUUUGAUGGCCAACCAACAAAGCCAUACGAAGGCAGAGUGACGCAGUAUACUGGAGGCCUGAGAUUUAACAGUGUGACCAGGGAUGAUUCUGGAUUAUAUGUGUGUACAGUAGCUGGAAAUGCCCAUUCUGCUGAGGCCAAAAUCAAUCUGGUUGUUUUAGUUCCUCCAUCAGUUCCGGUCUGCCUCAUCCCUACAUCUGUAAGAACUAGUCAGCAAGUCAUUCUCUCAUGCUUCGACAAGGAUGCCUCUCCGCCAGCCACGUACAAGUGGUUUAAAAACAACGAACCCCUUCCUGAAGACCCAAGCAAGUUUGCGGCCUACAAGAACAUGACUUACAAGACUGACCCCAAUACUGGCAACUUGGAGUUCCCUGCAGUUGCCCAAACUGAUAAUGGCGAUUACUCCUGCGAGGCCAGUAAUGAAGCUGGGCCUCCCCAGCGCUGCACUGCAGUUCGGAUGAUGUCAUAUGAUCUAAACGUAGGUGGAAUUGUUGCUGGGGUUAUCUUUGCAUUGCUCGCAGUUUGUGUACUCGUGUUUGGGGUGUGGUUUGCUUAUCGCAAAGGAUAUAUACCAAAAAUGUCUGAAAGCAAGCCUAAGACUGUGGUGUACUCUCAGCCAGCAGCAAACUAUGAGGAUGAUGAGGAUGGGGAGUUCAGACAGAAAUCAUCUUUUGUGGUGUAGCAGCAACAUCUGGCACUGAUAACCAUGUCCUGAACUGCGUUUCAGAGGUAGUGCACAAGGGACAUUGGACAAAACAGUUUUACAAACUCUUAACCAUGUUUGAGAAGUUAUUGAUUGUACAUUUCAUUUAUUUUUCAUACAAUUGUGUAAAAAUGUUUUUAUAUGAUAUCAUGCUCACUGAUAUUUCCUUGGCUAUGCUAGAUUUUAACAUUACUUAGAAACAGGAUACAUGUACAUAAUAUAAGCAUUUCAGAUAGGUAAACAUGCAUUGUAAAUAUACUCUCUCAUUCACACAUGAUGUUAGCAGCAGUUUCUUUGUAGACUUUGCAAUGGUUUCUAGCAAGGACACUGAAUUGGUAGAUCUGGAUUUAGGAUGGACUUGAGCUUUCUGAUAAAUGUAUGUGUACAGGCCUAUUGGAAUAUUCAUAUUCCCAUCAUUGUGUUAUUGUUGGAUAUUAAUCAUGAAUGAUCAGAGAAUCAAUGGAUGAAUAGUUGCUUGGGUUUGAGGCCCUCUGCCCUUUGCGGUGUGAUGGGGUGUGUCUGCAUUGGGAGGUUGUUGAUAGAGAUGUUGUUUGAGCAGGUCGUUGGCAUGUCUGAAUGGCUGUACACGGUUUGGUUUCUCUUCACACCACCCAUGAACAAGGCCUUGGCAUUCGUAUAGCCCUUAUGUGUGAGUCAUAAUCUGCUUUUCAUAAUUGUGUCUGGAGUCAAAUGUUAUCUGUGCUUCCGGUCUACAACCCAGUGCUUUCUGCUGUGUAGCUAUAACAUGGUGCCACAGCUGGGCCAGUGGAUGUUCAUUGGUUGAUUGAAUCUAAACAUCCUGUCGGCAGCUUGAUGUCCCUCUUAGGGAUCCCAUAUUCAUAGACAUGAAACACACAGAGACAUGUGGUUCAUGUGGUUCAUGAUUCAUGUGAUUUCUAAUUCUCACCACUGCUCUUCAUUGAGGUCAGGGGAAAGGAUUGAUUUAGCUACAUUUGUUUUUACAUCAUGAAAAGUGCUUACAAGGGGGACAUUCUUGUCCGUUUUAGGCUUAAAGUGAGAACUGAGCAUUUUCUAAACAAAAUAUAAUACCAUGAAAUCAGGUACACAUUUAUUUGGCCUCUAAGACAACAAUGGCUCAGCAGUUGUGGGUUAUCCCAUUUUGCCUCGAUCCAUUUUAUUCCCUUUUAUCUUGUGGGGACAUGACCCAGUCCAGCUCCGUCAACAACAGAACAAAAGCAACAAUGUUCCUGAUAAUGUCCGCUUAGCUUGGUUGCUCUGAGAGUGUGUUCUCUUCUUUUCUUUUAAUCCAUCAACAAGCAAAUUGUCAACACAACUGACCUCCUAAUGUGCUAAGGAUGUAGUUACCAGGGCCCUUGUCACAUACAUGUAUUCACCAUAUUGUUUGCUUACAUUCGAUUAGGUCCGGAUUUCUUCCGGAGUCCCCCCCCCCCCCUCUUCAGUAGACUGUAGGCCACAAGAACUGUCACACACCUUAGGUAUCCAUAGGUUGGGUACGUCAUGAGGUUAUAUGGAUACAUUGGAUUUAAGAUUCCGAUAGAGUUUAAUCCUUUACUUCAGCUUCACUGUAUUUUAGAGUGACAUGAGAACAUCAAUAAUCAGACGUAUUGGAAAUGAAUAUGAAAGGUUCAAGAAUAUUGGUUGAAGUUAACAAAUCUGUUAAAACUGUAAGAGCUCCAGGGGGUAGGGUUUUCUGUACAUUACCUCCAGUAAAAUGUGAAGGCCCUAAAUAUUUCUGUUUUAUGUAUUUCAUUUUGAGUGUUUUAACAUUAUUGUUAAUGUUAAAACACUCAUUAACAGAUGCAGAUGUUUUGUAAUGUGGCCAGUCUUUAUACUGUGUGGGUGCAGUCUCCAAAAGUGUGAUUAGUGUCUAAAACCAAGCAUGAGUGAAUUUCUGUCCACUAACUGACGAUACCUAUGUGGCUAAUCACAUUUCAGAAAUAUUGCAGUUUUUUUUCUUUUAAGCUUCAUAAGAGAAUUGAUGAAUGCUCAGUGAAAACUGGGAAAGAAUUGGGAAUUAGCUUUAUUAUAUUAUUAUCUAUGAUAAUUUGUGCUGUGCCGUUUUAUUCUGUUUUGUUAAAUAAAAUACUGGUUUAACUAA